AUGUCAGAUCUUGCAAGGAAAUUUGCCUUGCAUAUCAAAAUGUUAUUCAUUUGGUUCUUAUUAUUCUCCUACAUGGUUACAACUUCAACUUCACUAGACAGUUUAGCAAUGGGUCAAUCUAUCCGAGAUGGUGAUACUUUGGUUUCAGCAAGUGGAAUUAUUGAAGUUGGUUUCUUCAGUCCAGGAAAUUCAACAAGAAGAUAUUUGGGUAUAUGGUACACAAAUGUAUCCCCUUUCACUGUGGUGUGGGUGGCUAACCGAAACACACCUCUUGAGAAUAACUCAGGAGUUCUCAAACUCAAUGAAAAAGGGAUUCUUGUGCUUCUCAAUGCUACAAACAGCACCAUUUGGAAAUCCAACAUAUCUAGCAAAGCAGUAAAUAAUCCAACUGCUCAUCCAUUGGAUUCGGGAAAUUUUGUAGUGAGAAAUGGACAGGGAAAUAACGAUGACAACAUCUUGUGGCAGAGUUUUGAUUAUCCGGGUGAUGCAUUGUUGCCAAUGAUGAAACUUGGAUGGAACUUGGAGACUGAUCUAGCAAGAUAUCUAUCAUGUUGGAAAAGUGUUGAUGAUCCUGUUGAGGGGGAAUAUACCCAAAAAAUUUAUCUCAGAGGGUACCCUCAAACAAUUGAAUUCCAGGGACCUCAUAUAAUAACGAGAGCAGGGUCAUGGAAUGGAUUGUCUAAUGUUGGAAAAACGGGUCCAAUUCAUGAAAUAUCGCAAAAGUUUGUGUUGAAUGAAAAAGAGGUGUAUUAUGAGUACUGGCUUCGUGAUAGAUCGGUCUUCUGUGUACAUACACUGACUCCUUCGGGCAAAGCGCAGACUUGGUUUUGGACAACUCAAAGUAGUAAUCGGCAACUCGUCUCAACUGGGGACAAAGAUCCAUGCGAUCAAUAUGCCUUUUGUGGCGCAAAUGCUAUAUGCAACUAUGAAGGUAACAUUCCAAAUUGUGAAUGCAUUAGAGGGUAUGCUCCCAAGUCUCCUGAUCAGUGGAAUAUAUCACUUUGGUCCAAUGGAUGUCUUCCAAGGAAUAAAUCAAAUUGCAAAAACAGUUACACAGAUGGCUUCUUGACGUACACCAACAUGAAAAUACCAGACACGUCUUCAUCAACGUACAAUACAACCAUGAACCUUGAAGAAUGUAAGAAUUCGUGUAUUAAAAACUGUUCUUGUACAGCAUAUGCAAGUUUAGAUAUUCGAGAUGGAGGAAGUGGGUGUCUGCUUUGGUUUAAUAAUCUAGUUGACAUGAGGAAAUUCUCCCAACGGGGACAAGACUUGUAUAUCAGAGUCCCAGCUUCAGAAUUAGGGGCAACAAGAAAACUUAUCAGCAAGCAUUACAAAAUUAAACAGAAAAAGGAAGAUGUUGAGUUGCCAACUUUCAAUUUGUCAGUCUUAGCUAAUGCUACUGAAAACUUUUCAAUCAGAAACAAACUUGGAGAAGGUGGCUUUGGACCAGUUUAUAAGGGCACACUGAUAGAUGGACAAGAGUUAGCGGUGAAAAGGCUUUCAAAGAAAUCAGGACAAGGGUUAGAAGAGUUAAAAAAUGAAGUAGCAUUGAUUGCAAAACUUCAGCUCCAUAAUCUUGUAAAGCUUUUAGGUUGUUGCAUCGAAGGGGAAGAAAAAAUAUUAGUUUAUGAAUACAUGCCGAACAAAAGCUUGGACAAGUUUGUUUUUGAUGAGACCAAAAGGUAUUUGCUAGAUUGGCAUACGCGUUUCGACAUUAUUAGUGGCAUAGCUCGAGGACUUUUAUAUCUUCAUCAAGACUCUAGACUGAGGAUUGUUCACAGAGAUCUUAAAACUAGUAACAUUUUAUUAGAUGCAAAUUUGGAUCCCAGAAUAUCAGAUUUUGGCUUGGCUCGAUUAUUUUUAGGAGAUCAAGUUGAGGCAAACACAAAUAGGGUGGCUGGAACAUACGGUUACAUACCUCCGGAGUAUGCUACACGUGGACAUUUCUCAAUGAAAUCAGAUGUCUUUAGCUAUGGUGUGAUAGUACUAGAGAUUGCGAGUGGGAAGAAAAACAGAGAAUUUUCAGACCCAGAAAACAACAAUAAUCUUCUUGGCCAUUCAUGGAGAUUAUGGACUGAAGAGAAGACGAUGGAACUACUGGAUGAAGUGUUAGGAAAACAAUGUGUAUCCUCAGAAGUCAUACGAUGAAUACAGGUUGGCCUACUAUGCGUGCAACAAAGACCAGAAGAUAGGCCAAACAUGUCAUCUGUUGUUUUAAUGUUGAAUGGUGAUAAGUUACUACCAAAGCCAAAGGUUCAUGGUUUUUACACCGAGAUAGAUGUUACAUCUGAAGCAAAUUCUCCAUCGGAAAAUCACAAAUUAUGCUCAGUUAAUGAACUGUCCAUCACAUCGUUAGGUGCAAGAUAAAAAAGGGAUGCAAGAAAAUGUUAAGGCUUAACCUUCUAAUGUAUUAGAUAACUAGUGAUUUGAUUAUACAUAACUAGUGAAAGUGCUGUUCUGAGAUCCCGCUUAACAUUGUUUCAUGUAUCCAAACAAAUGUAUUAGAUAAGCAUACUAUCUAGACAAUAAUAAUUGUUAAUUAUAGUAUGAUGAGCCAUACACUUUAUA